AAUGAGGCAGAGCAGAAAGACAGAAAGAGAGAGAGACAGGUAUAUUAGAGAAAGAGUGUAAGAAACAGAUCGUCUGUAUCAGGUCAGCUGGUUGAUUUGAUUGUUCGUGUGUGUGGCUGGUUGAAUUAGUUAGCUGUGUAGAAUAAGUGCAGGUGUUUGGAUCGUACUGGACACUCAUGAUGACAAGCUGACGGGAAAAUCUACUCCAGUUAAAACACAGGGGUAACACAGUUCAUAUUCCCAUAGCAACGUGUCAACUGCUGAUAAUGAGUCUCCUGACACAACUCAGAUUGUUACUGUGGAAGAACUUUACUCUACGGAGGAGACAGAAGGUGCGGUUGCUGGUGGAGCUGAUUUGGCCUCUGUUUCUGUUCUUCAUUCUUGUGGCGGUCAGAUCCACCAAUCAGCCUGUUUAUAAAAGCCAGUGCCACUACCCCAGUAAGCCCCUCCCAUCGGCAGGUGUGUUGCCAUGGAUACAGGGAAUGUUGUGUAACAUGCAGAACCCGUGUGUCAAUUACCCCACACCUGGUGAAGCACCUGGGCAGGUGAACAACUUCAACGACUCCACAGUAACAAAGGUUUUGAUUGAGAUUCAGUCGCUCCUGGCAGAUCCUGCCCUCUUCAGCAACGUUAAACUGAUCUCUGAUGAUAUCGGCCAAUGGUCGUCCGUCCUGCAGAAUGCCAACCCAGCUGGAGGUCAGUCCAUUCCGCUUCGCAGUUUGCUGAGAACCAACGAGACGUUUUCAGAAUAUCUGACGAGCAGCCUUUCUGUGCCAAACACAACAGCCACGAGCCUGAUGAGGGUGAGAGUUCGGCUUGGCCAGUUGCCUGCGCUCUCAGGUGAGAGAGAUCUGCGCUCGGUACUCUGCGGUGAAUCGGUUGAUCGCAUCCUGGAGUUUAAUUCAGCCAAUCAGAAAGCUGAGUUUCAGAACAUCACAUGCUCCUUGACAGCCAAUCAGCUUCUUCAAGCCAGACGAGUCUUCAUGCAGAAUGUUGACAACAUGAAACUCCUAAAUGCACUUCCAUUAGCACUGGGUCUGAACCGGCUCGAGGCGGCCACACUGAUGGCACAAACCAGCGGUCACAUUGCUCCAGUAAUGACAGCGAUGUCUAAUUUUGGGUUUUCAGAACUUUUAAGUGCAGCGGAUACUUUGGACUUCAGGUCUGAUCCAUUUGGAAGCCUCAGCCAGCUGAUGUGUGGAACAGACUCUAACACAACAUCCAAUAACACCAGCAGAGCUGCUGUGAGGACAGCGUCAACACAAUCAGACCAACAGAACACACGGGCCGCAACAGCUGACAACACCAACACAACCAGCACUAACACCAGUGAGUUCUGUAAAAACUUGACAGACACACUGGAGAGCUCGUCCGGCCUGCGUCUGUUCUGGAAAACCUUCAGGCCCUUUCUGCAAGGAAAAAUCCUCUACACGCCUGACACAACUGUUACACGGAGCAUCGUUACAGAGGCCAACCGCACCUUUGACGCUGUGGCUAAAGUUGGCGAACUGGCAGAGGCAUGGCUGCAGAAUGAAGAUGUGAUCUGGGAUUUUUUCAACAGCAGCACACAGAUCAACACACUGAGGGGUCUUCUGAAGAACCCUGUUCUAGCAGUAGUUAUGGACCAGAGUCUGGAGGAUACUAAUCUGUCCACAGCGCUAAUCAGCAACUUCCUGUUUAACGGUCCAGAGUCCCAGCGCCAAGCGGGAAUGCCAGCCUUUGACUGGCGUAACGUCUUCAGCAUCAUCAGCCAGGCAGCACAGCAACUCACUCAGAUUCUACAGUGUUUUGAUCUGGAUAAGUUUGAAGGUGUCAGCAGUGAGACUGUGCUGGUUGAGCAGUCUUUGAAGCUCAUGAUUCAGGACAGGUUCUGGGCCGGACUGGUCUUCACGGAUCUCUCUGACCCCAGUGACCUCCAGCCUCCAUCCCACAUCAGAUACAAGAUCCGCAUGGACAUCGAAGAGACUGAAAGAACAGACAAAAUCAAGGAGAGGUCCUGGUCCCCAACGGCCCGCGACAACCCAUUUAAUGACCUGCGGUAUGUGAGGGGAGGGUUUGUGUACCUGCAGGACAUGGUGGAUCGAGGAAUCAUUAAGGUCCAGACUGGAGUCAAUCAGACGCUCGGAGUAUAUGCACAACAGAUGCCAUACCCAUGUUACAUGGACGAUGUGUUUCUGCGAUCUUUGACGCGCUCCUUGCCUCUAUAUAUGACGUUAGCGUGGAUCUUCUCAGUUGCGUUGAUAGUCAAGGGUGUGGUUCAGGAGAAGGAGGCGCGUCUGAAGGAGACUGUGAGGAUGAUGGGAUUGAAGAGCUCCAUCUACUGGCUGAGCUGGGCCAUCAGCAGCACAUUGCCUCUUGCUGUCAGCGCUGCGCUCCUCACUGUCAUUCUCAAGUAUGGGAAGAUUCUGCGAUACAGUGACCCCUCUGUGAUUUUUGUCUUCCUCCUGGUCUUCUGCGUGGCGACUGUCAUGCAGUGCUUUUUCAUCAGUGUGUUUUUCUCUCGGGCGAAUCUGGCAGCCGCCUGUGGGGGCCUCAUCUACUUCCUGCUCUACCUGCCUCAUGUGCUUUGCUACGCCUGGAGGGACGUCCUGGGCUUUGGUGCCAAGAUCGCCACGAGCUUGCUAUCAUGUGUUGCAUUUGGAUACGGCUGUGAGAAUUUCGCCCGUUAUGAAGAGCAAGGCAUCGGUAUUCAGUGGAGCAACAUCCGGGUCAGUCCGCAAGAGAACGACCGCUACUCCUUCAUUGUUUCCAUCUUCAUGAUGCUGUUCGACGCUCUCAUUUACUGGAUACUGACCUGGUACAUCGAGAACGUCUUUCCAGGUCAGUAUGGUAUCCCAAAGCCCUGGUAUUUUCCUUUUACUUCCUCAUACUGGUGUGGAACUCGGGUGGGAUCUGAUGCUGAGCCCGACCAGAUUCAUGAGCUGGAGGACCAGAAAGGCUACUUGGAAAAGGCUCCGUCUGGAAUGAAGCCUGGUGUGUGUAUCCGCAACCUGGUAAAGGUCUAUAAGACCGGAAAUAAACUGGCUGUGGACGGACUCAGUCUGGACUUCUAUCAAGAUCACAUCACAUCGUUUUUAGGACAUAACGGAGCUGGAAAAACCACCACCAUGUCAAUACUGACGGGUCUUUUUGCUCCCACCUCUGGUACCGCUUAUAUUAACGGCUACGACAUCCGCACUGACAUGGACACCAUCAGGACACACAUGGGAAUGUGUCCACAACACAACGUCCUCUUCAAUGAUCUGACAGUGGAGGAACACAUUUAUUUCUAUGCCCGUCUGAAGGGACGGAGCUCUAAAGAGGUGAAGAAGGAAAUUGAUCAAAUGAUUGAAGAUGUGGGUCUGCCUCACAAACGCAAAGACCUCGCCAAGAACCUCUCAGGUGGGAUGCAGAGGAAGCUGUCUGUUGCCAUCGCAUUUGUGGGUGGUUCGAAUGUUGUGAUUUUGGAUGAGCCAACAGCAGGAGUCGAUCCCUAUGCACGAAGAGGCAUCUGGGAGUUGCUGCUCAAAUACAAAAAAGGUCGUACUAUAAUUCUGUCUACCCAUCACAUGGAUGAAGCGGAUAUUCUGGGUGAUCGUAUUGCCAUCAUCUCGCAUGGGCGCGUCUGCUGCAGCGGUUCCUCACUCUUCCUCAAGAAAACAUACGGUAGAGGCUAUUAUCUCACGGUCGCACGGGCCAAUCAGGAUCGAGUCACCACGCAACGGUUUAAAGAGUGUGAUAAAUUCAGUGUGGAUGAGGGAAUAUGCAGUGACAGCAUCAGCAGUCUGGACCCACCAGAUGUGGCAGAUCUGAGUCGACUGGUGCGGCGGCAUGUGCCGGAGGCUGAGUUUCUGGAGGCCAUAGGUCAAGAGCUGGUGUACGUGCUGCCAUACACGGGCGCCAAAAAUGGCAGCUUCGCUUCCCUGUUUAAAGAGCUGGACCUGGAGAAAAGCACUUUGGGCAUCACCAGCUACGGAAUAUCAGACACAAGCCUGGAGGAGAUCUUUCUGAAGGUGGCUAAAGACACAGGUGUUGACGUGGAAUCUCAUGAUAAGAGAGAAAAUCUUGAACAAAAGCCCAGAAGCAGCUCAAGGAUAUCAGGAAUACGGAAUACAAUCAGUUCAGCAUUGGAAUCCAAAGAUGAAAACACUGUGAAAAACGAUGUGAAGGUUAAAUUCACUAGUCGUGUAGAGGACACCCAGCGCCCCAUGUGUGCGAAUGGCAAAGGGUCAUACGUCAUCAUGGGUUGGCCUCUGAUCAAACAGCAGUUUUUAGCUCUCUUUAUCAAACGAUUCCACCAUGGCCGUAGAAGCCGGAGAGGAAUCAUUGCUCAGGUCGUGAUGCCGGCGUUCUUUGUGUGUCUGGCUCUCAUCUUCUCUCUGAUUGUUCCUCCGUUUGUGGAAUAUCCCAAUCUGGAGCUUCAGCCCUGGAUGUACGGAGCUCCACAGAAUACCUUCUACAGUUUUGAUGAUCCUGGUGUAGAUCAGGUGAAGAGAGUGACAAAUGCUCUGCUCAGUUCACCGGGAUUUGGAACACGUUGCAUGAGCACCAACCCCAUACCCAAAUUAACCUGUAACCCUGCGGGAGGCACUGAUUGGUUCACUCCUGCGGUGGAUCCGUCCGUCAGUGAGAUCUUCGAGAAGGGUAACUGGAGCAUGGAGAACCCGUCGCCUGAAUGCCAGUGCAGCACACCGCAAAAGAGCAUCACGCUGCCGGACUGCCCACCUGGAGCCGGGGGUUUACCACCACCACAGAGAACUCAGAACACCACAGACACCCUCCAGAACAUCACGGCCCGAAACAUGACCGACUUCCUGCUCAAGAGCUACCAGAAAUCAGGCAAAAUACGAUAUGGAGGAAUCUCUGUAGGUGGCGUGAACUCGCAGGUCAAACUGAAUGAGUCUGACAUUACAGCAGUGAUCAGCGACCUCAAAUUAUUCUUCAACAUCUCACAGUAUAACCAGACUGACCAAAUUUUCCAGGCCAUUCGGUUGGUACUAUUGGAGAUAGGCACCAGAGACAAUGUGAAGGUGUGGUUCUAUAAUCAGGGUUGGCAUUCCAUCGUAUCGUUCCUGAAUGUGGCCAGUAAUGGCAUUCUCAGAGGAAACCUGCCAGCGGGACGCAGAGCAGGCGACUAUGGCAUCACAACAUUCAACCACCCGCUUAAUCUCACCAAAGAACAGCUCUCAUUUGCAGCGCUGGCCACGACCUCUACGGAUGUGGUUGUGUCGAUUUGCGUGAUCUUCGCCAUGUCCUUUAUCCCUGCCAGCUUUGUCCUCUUCCUCAUCCAGGAGCGCGUCAGUAAGGCCAAACACCUUCAGUUUGUGAGCGGCGUGAAUCCUACCAUCUACUGGCUGGCCAACUUCACCUGGGACAUGUGUAAUUAUGUCAUCCCAUGUAUCAUCGUCAUCAUCAUCUUCCUGUGUUUCCAACAAAAAUCUUACGUCUCUGCACCCAACCUGCCUGCACUUAUACUGCUGCUGGUGCUGUACGGGUGGUCCAUCACUCCAAUGAUGUAUCCCGCCUCCUUCCUGUUCAGCGUUCCCAGCACAGCAUAUGUGGUUCUGACCUGCAUCAACCUCUUCAUCGGCAUCAACGGCAGCGUAGCCACAUUCGUCAUGGAGCUUAUUGACGACCCGAAUAUAACACACAUCAAUGACAUAGUGAAACAGGCUCUGCUGGUGUUUCCUCAUUUCUGUUUGGGAAGAGGCCUGAUGGACAUGGCCAAAAACCAGGCAAUGGCCACCCUCUACAAAAACCUGGGCGAAGACCGCUUUGAAAAUCCUCUCAACUGGAACAUGGUGGGCAAGAAUCUGUUUGCCAUGUCCAUUCAGGGGGCAGUUAUGUUCGCCCUGACCCUCCUCAUACAGUACAAGUUCUUCUGCAAAUCAAUGUCAAUAAAGUCGCUGCCUACAUCAUUAGAGGGAGAGGAUGAAGAUGUGGCUCGUGAGCGUGAACGCGUGCACCAGGGCGGAGCUCAGAAUGACCUUCUCCGAAUAUGUGACCUCACUAAGAUGUACCGUAAGAAGCUCACUCCAGCCGUGGAUAAAGUCUGUGUGGGUGUUCCUGCUGCAGAGUGUUUCGGUUUGUUGGGGAUAAAUGGUGCAGGUAAAACUACAACUUUUAAAAUGCUGACUGGAGACAUCAGCCCAACAGCAGGAGAUGCCUUCCUAAACGGAUACAGCAUCCGCAAUGAAAUGCAGUUGGUGCAGCAGAAUAUGGGUUACUGUCCGCAGUUUGAUGCGAUAGAUGACCUUCUGACGGGAAGAGAACACCUGGAGUUCUACGCUCGACUCCGAGGGGUUCCGGAAAAGGAGGUUUCCAUGGUGGCUGAGUGGGGCAUUCAGAAACUCGGCCUUGUGAAAUACUCCGAGAAAUCUGCAGGAACGUACAGCGGCGGCAACAAGCGCAAACUCUCCACUGCCAUCGCUCUGAUUGGCUGCCCUCCUCUGGUCUUCCUGGACGAGCCCACCACUGGUAUGGACCCCAAGGCCCGCCGUUUUCUGUGGGACUGUAUCCUCAGUGUCAUUAAGGAGGGUAGAUCUGUUAUUCUCACCUCACACAGUAUGGAGGAGUGUGAAGCGCUCUGCUCACGCAUGGCCAUCAUGGUGAAUGGACAGUUCAAAUGCCUGGGCAGCAUCCAGCACCUUAAGAGCAGGUUCGGGGAAGGUUACACACUGAUCGUUCGUGUGUGUUCCGAUCAUGCCGACCUGUCCGUGGUGGAGUCGUUUGUGCGGGACACGUUUCCUGGCAGCACUUUGAAAGAGAAACAUCACAACACACUGCAGUACCAGAUACCGCAGGGAGAGGGAACCCUCGCGCACAUCUUCAGCCAGCUCAACAAACACCAGCAGAUGCUGCAGGUGGAGGAUUACUCUGUGUCACAGACCACACUAGACCAGGUUUUUGUGAGUUUCGCGCGGCAGCAGCGUGAUGAAGAGGACUGUGUGUUUGAGAACAACGUGGAUCUGAAUGAUGAACUACAAACAUCAACAACAUGAAUCAAACAUCAAUCAGCACAAACCAACAGUUACUGGCACUUCAUCAUGUUUUUUUAUUUAUUUUACAUCACGUAGGCCACCAAGAUUUGAAGAUUUAGUUUAAAACGUCCAACCAGAAACAGAGAGAAAACCUUUAGGGAAAAACUCAGGGGUCGUUUUUUAUACAAUAUUUUAUCCAAAGAAUUUAUAAUGACAUAUCUGCUCAACUUGCUCUACUUCAUAUUUUUACUGACAAUAUUUAAUGUCUUAUUUCCAUACAUAUUAUAUUUUUUGCCAAAUGCUAAGAGAUUAUAUAUUUAAAAUUGCAUUGUGUACUAAUAAUAACUAAUAAUUCACACUAUAUUUUUGGGGUGAUUUUGGGUUUAUAUUUCCAGGGAGGAAGAACGGAGAGAAAUUUCAGCUUUAUUGUCAAUUUAUUUUCUAGUUGUCAGUUGUACUUAUUGAAAGACCACAUGCAUUGAUUUUUGCUUUUUGAAUCUCAGGAUAAAAUGUCAUGCACUUUAGAGCAGCGUUUCGUAACCUUUUCUGUCUUAUGCACCCGUACUACCGUGUCAAUAAGGCUCAAGUAUAUUUAUUUUAUACUGUAAGUCAUAUUUUCUGUUUUAUAGGUUUGUAAGUAACACUUUACAAUAAGGUCCCAUUAGUUAAGCAACACAUUUGCUGAAGUAAUUAUGGUAACACUUUAGUGUAGGGUCCAGUUCUCACUGUUAACUAGUUGCUUAUUAGUAUCCAUAUUACUAGGAUAUUGGCCGUUUAUUAGUACUAACAGAUACAACUUUUGAUUUUAAUAGUAAAUGUUGAAAUUAACAUUAACUGAGAUUUUUUAGAAGUAUUUCUCAUUGUGAGUUCACAUUAACUAUUAAAUGGAACCUUAUUGUAAAGUGUUAUUGGUUUAUACAAAAAUCUAAAUCAGUUUUGUCCUUUAAGGGUACAUGUACCUGUGGUUAGGAAUGACUGCUUUAGACUGUUGGAUGUGUCUAUAGGAAGCACUUCAGUAAGACCGAGAGGGAUGUGAUAUAUGCAACAUGAAAUGCAACGAGAACAUUUUUACCUCAAACACACACAGAAGAUCUCCACUCUUAAUCCUGCCAUUUAUUCUGCAUUUGUAUGCACUCCCAUGAUCCUGCGAGUCUGUUGCUCAGAUAUUUGUUCUGCUUAUUGCUUUAUGCACAGACACACAUUAAACAUUUGCACACUCUGCAAAGCCUCCGAGUUUCAUUUCACAAAUCCAACCUUUCCUACUGCAGUCACUAACUUCAGCUGUUUCUCUCCAUUUCUCACUUUUGUUCUUGAACAUCAUUUUAUUGAAGUUCUGCAGUAUUACAACUUUCAAAUAGGAGCAGCAUUUUUCAAGCGGGGUCAUUCCUGUAAUGCAGCACCUUUUUACUCCGUAAAUUAAAAAUGCAUAUGCUUGUGGUGUAUGCCAUCAAGAGGAAGAGACUUUGUGAAGCCACUCACACAGGCCUAUAAUCACACAAAGAAGGGUUGUAGCUGCUCUAAGCUGAUGUUUGGACGCCGGCCAGGGUUGCAUUUAACUUACCCAUUAGUGAGAACAAAUGCCAUUGUAUGUAAAAGUGCUCAAGUCUAGACUAGAAGAGAGUUAUAGAAUUGCAUGGGCUGGGAUGUGAAUAAUAUGAAAUGAGAGGGAAUACUAUAUUUUAAUUCUUUUUUUUUUUUUUUUGUGAGUGAAAAGUCUCUCGGGGGAAUGCAGUACAAUUAAAA